CAUCAUUGCCUCCAUUGCGACACUCUUCAAUGUCUUGACAGGUUCAGGGGUCUUUUUGUCUCUUGUCGCGCAAUUGAUAAGAAACUGGAGAAACAAGCUUUGAUUGGACGAGAACCACUUGUUUCCUUUUUUUUCACUUCUCCAGACCCGCGUCAUUUUUUCAAAGUGGCAACACCAGAUACCGCACCUGAUUGGACGAUAGGCUCCUUUUCCACCAGCCUCACUGUGGCUGAGACGACAUUGGUAAGGCAGGGCCCCCUCCCCUCGCCCCCCGAAGAGGAUCCCAAGGCCUAAACCCAACACCAUCUGGCAGCCUGGUCACGCGCAUUGCCCACCUCAAUCCGCAUUUCUCGACAGCCUCAAACGGUCCCUCGAUAUAUAUCGGUCCCUUAUCGUUAAAACCGACCCAAAAUCAAUUUCUUGGCCCCGGAUUCCGCCUGCCGCAUACCGAGUUCACGGCUCUGUACGGCUGCCUGUCUGUCGCUGAAGUCGCUUUCCGCUUCCGCUUGUCGCGCCUUCCUUUUCCCGCGGUCGUCGCUCCCUCCUUCCCGCCGAUUGCUUCCGUGGCGUGUCGCCAACCUACAGUAGUUGUCCAACGCACACCGACCCGCCCGAUUUUCGCCCGCGCCCCAUCUCGAUAGAUUCCUAUUGCAUGGCGCAUUGAAGCACCGUCGCUCGCUUUUUAUUGCAUCAUUUCUUUUUUGAUAGCGGCGCCGGCUGCGCAUCUCGCAUAAUCAGGAUAUCCUGACGUUCCACUGUCGCGCACCAUCUGCGCGCACCGUAAGGAAUCGUGGCGGCGCUUACGAUUCUGAGUCCCAACGAACCAUCGGAGCUGUCCUUGCAACAGCAUCUCGAACUUGCCCCGGAUUUGGUUGCGUAUACGAACCUCACUGUCGAGGGAGAGCCCGAGUCUUUGAUGAUGGCACAGCCCGUGCCUCAUCAGCCCACCGAUAAGAAGCGCGUCAAGGUCUACGAACUCCGCAACAAUGACUGGUUCGAUCGAGGCACCGGCUUCUGCAGCGCGAGCUUUGAGACUCUUGAGGAUGGUCGCAAAGAACCGCGCGUCAUCGUUGAAUCAGAGGAUCAUCCCGACCGUCUUCUGCUAGAAACAAAAAUUCAAAAAGAAGAUGGAUUCCAGAAACAGCAAGAUACACUGAUUGUGUGGCAGGAACCUAGUAGUGGAGUUGACAUGGCACUCAGUUUUCAAGAAGCUGAGGGAUGCGCCAUGAUAUGGCGUUUUGUGAGCAAUGUUCAACAGACAUUUCACAACCAUCUGCCAGGAGCCGAUGACGGCCUUUCUGACGAUCUCCCUAUCGACGCUCCGCCGGCUAUCAACUUGCCCACAGCCGAACUUGGAAAUCUCGGAGAUAUCGAACAGACUAUGCGGAUGAUGAGCACAACAGCAAACGGACGUGAUGCUCUCGCCAAGGCAAUUAUGGCUGAGGACUUCAUCGGCAAAAUUGUCCCCCUGGUCGAGAUGGCUGAGGACCUCGAGAGUCUUCAAGACCUGCACCGGCUUUGCAACAUCAUGAAAACAGUCAUUCUUCUCAACGACACCUCGAUUAUAGAGCAUGCGGUGUCGGACGAAUGUGUUUUAGGUGUUGUUGGUGCUCUGGAAUACGACCCUGACUUUCCUAGUCACAAGGCUAAUCAUCGACACUGGCUGGGCAAUCAAGGUCGAUAUAAAGAAGUUGUCCCUAUCGAGGAGGAGCAAAUCCGCAGGAAGAUUCACCAAACAUACCGUCUACAGUACCUAAAGGAUGUUGUUCUGGCUAGAAUACUCGACGAUCCUACCUUUUCGGUUCUCAAUUCUCUUAUCUUUUUUAACCAAGUCGACAUUGUUCAACACCUGCAAGCGAACGCCGCUUUUCUUAAUGAGUUGUUUGGCAUCUUCAGACCCACGAACAGCGAUCAGAAGAGAAAGAAGGAAGCGGUGCUCUUCAUCCAGCAAUGUUGUGCUAUUGCCAAGAAUAUCCAACCACCGGCGCGUCAGACGUUAUACAACAACUUCAUCGCUCACGGACUCCUUUCUGUCAUCCACUUCGGGCUCAGACAUCAUGACGUGGGAGUUAGAGUUGGGGCAACUGAUAUCCUGAUCUCUAUCAUCGAUCACGAUCCCCAAAUGAUUCGUCAGACUUUGUACCGUCAACUGCACGAGAACCAGACUCUCCUCACCGACUCUUUGAUUGAUCUUCUGCUGGUGGAAGUUGAUCUUGGUGUCAAGUCUCAAAUCUCAGAAGCACUCAGGGUCUUAUUAGACCCUGGUCCUCAACAAAUGCAAAAUAACGAGGCCCUUGCGAAGGCUAAUGGCGAGUUUAUGGGAAGACAGAGACCUCAAGUCGCCCUUGACCCUCAGCAAGAGACUUUCCUCAACAAAUUCUACGACAAGUCGGCUCCAAGGCUAUUCAAGCCCCUCAUGGACCUGGAGAAGCGAACGGACAUGAACUUUACUGUGCAGCAGGCAUCGAUGUUUACGUAUCUUAUUGAGAUCCAAACAUUCUUUAUUCGCUGUCACUAUUUACGCGUCAAGUUACAUGUCAUGUCUCACGAUAUCGUUAAGCGCAUUGCUCAGCUUCUCACAUGCCCUGAGAAAUUUUUGAGAUUAGUUGCUAUUCGUUUCUUCCGGUCAUUGAUCGGAAUGCAAGAUGAGUUUUACAUCAAGCAUCUCAUGGAGAAGCAGGUCUUGGGACCAAUUCUUGAAGUUCUUAUCGAGACCGUGCCCCGAGACAACCUCUUGGGCUCAGCAUCACUGGAAUUUUUCGAGUUCAUCAAGAAAGAGAACAUCAAAGAUCUGAUCAAACAUCUCGUGGUCAACUAUAGAGAACAGCUUAGAGCAUUGAGCUACAUGUCGACAUUUCGGGAGAUCCUUCUCAGAUAUGACCAAACUCAGGGUUACACGUCUAACGUCGACUAUUUCCUGGAAGCCGAAGACGAGAUGGGUAGGAGACCUCUAGCGAACACAAGGAUGGCCGAGCAAAUCACUGUUGAACAAGAGCAAGAGGAAUACUGGGCAACAUCUGAUCCUGAAGAUGAUGAUGACCAGUCAAGUAAAGAGGGAGAAAGGACACCAUCCACGAAUGGAUCAAUCACCUCGAAGCUACUAGUCGACUACGCAUCCGAUGAAGAGACUGACGAAAAUGCCGACCCUGAAGCAACACCAGAAGCGGACAGCCAACACAGCGACGUCGCAUCGGACGCUGUGCACUCGCCUAUUGAUUCGAGCCUUGGAGGAGGUAUCCCACCACCUGAGCGACUUUCAGAGAAGCGUCGACGCGAAGAGGAGGAAGACGAGGAUGAGAUGAGCAAAAUGAUGCAAAAUAAGAGACGCAGCAGCAGCGGUUCUGUCACAGCGAUCUCAGGCAACUCUCGCGGCCCACAAAGACGCAAAAGCUUCAACGUCAACUCUCCCACUGGAGGCAAGAAGAUCGCCAUCAGUCUCUCUAGCGGCUUAAAAACAGGCAGCGGCCCAGGUUCCAACGAGGAGUCAUAAAUUCUCCUAACUUCUUUCGGCGAUGGCGUACCGGUUAUUGGUCUGUUUUUGGUUUAUCAUGAAAGGGGGUUGCAGACUUGAGGCCUCACUCCCGCACAAGUACAUUUAGCAAGUAUGGCUUGCUGGUUAACGGAACGGUCAGGUGGUGAGAACCGGCGUUGAUGUUUGAAAUAUCUUUGUGGCAUCCGUCACUAUAUUCUUAGUAUCACAUGCUUUGCUGCACUUAGGCACCCUUUGACUAGGCGUGUCCGGGUGUUUGCAUUGCUUGGUCUGGUCUAAUGGGGCUUUAUCUGGACCGAGAUUCUGCCCCCUUAUUUGGGCGAUAGAGUCGUCGAGAAGCGACGGCACAGCACGUGGAAUGAUGUGUGGAGGAAAUCAGGGCUUGCAAGUUGAGAUUGGCAGGAUUGUAAAAAGGGGGAGAUUUUGGAAGCGGUCUGCUAGCUGAGCAGUAACCGUAGUGCAUAGGGGUGGUUUAUUGAGUUGUCGAGCUGUAUCAUAAACUUUAUGACUUCAAUGGCCCUUGUGAGACGAGCAAGGAGCUGAGUCGGGUUCAGGGACGAUAGUUGGUGCUGAUCCCAGGCCAUUCGUAACGAAGAAAUGAAAAAGACCCGUCUAGAUAAAGAACAAAUAUUCGUCAUAUUUGCCCAGUUCUUAUCACUGGAUCUAAGCUUCCAUGGUAAUAUCCAUAUCUAAACUUUUAUGAACUUUUAUUGUAUCAUCUAAAGCAGCAUAAGUUUAGUCUACCCUUAAGUUGAUCUUUAUAAAUUUCAUCUAAA